GCUUACGGGCCAGCCCAUGUCCGGGCGUCAUCCCCCGGAGAGCAACGCGAGCCACCCAAACGGAGGGACCUCGUCCUUCCUGCCGAAAUGCUGGCCGCCACCGCCGCCUGCCGCGCGCCGGCGCGGCCGCUCCCCGCCGCGCGACCCGGAAGCAGCUACCUCCUCGGUCGCGUCCUUCUCCCCAAGCGGAGAGCGCCGGCGGUGAGGAGGAGGGGACGGAGCGCGGCGGUGCGGUGCGGGCUGCUCCCCGUGGACCCGUGGGCUCCCGGCGUGGACUCCCAGAGCAUCGCGUCGCAGCUCUUCGCCGUGUCGCUGUUCCCCUACCUGGGGUUCCUCUACUUCAUGACCCGGUCCAAGACGGCGCCCGGGCUCACGCUCUUCGGCUUCUACUUCCUCCUCGCCUUCGUCGGCGCCACCACGAAAAUACUUGUACAUUUUAGAAGAGCAGAGCACCAAAGCAGAGCAGCAGCAAACAUUUUAGAAGCGGCUAGACAACUUAAUGUGGAUACUGCUGCGCAAUUUCGCCAUCAUCAGAAGGUCACUUUUACAAAUCUGUACCUGCUGGGAUAUAUGCCAAAGUUCAUUACGGGACCUCGCUGUCAAAUGUGGACCUGCUGCACGGGACGGCGGAAUCCCUCCUCACACUCACCAAUCUGUUCAUCGUGCUUGGGCUGAGGGGAGCCCUGAGGAACUUGGAUAAAGCAGAGGAGAGCAGCCCUGAAGCUCCUCGGGACAGCAAGGAGAAGAGUUCAGUAUAGGUGCUUGUAAAUUGUUGGAAAACCUCUGUUUUUUAGUGUGUGUAGUGAUGCUGAUGACAUUGUACUGUAGUGAGUGUACAUUUCUUCUGCUCAACUAGUUGCUGCUGUAAUAAGCUGCACAUGUUGGCUUUGUGCAUUUGCUGAUCCGUAAUAUACUGGAGCUAUGGAGCUGCUGCAGUUCAGAGUUUU